AAAAUGAAAGUUUAAAAAGAUGUUCAAUCUGUAAAUAAUUCAAGGAAUUUGCUUGUGGAAUUUAAGCCAGCAAUAUCAGUCAAUCAAAGUACAGAUAAGAACAGCUGGAGUGGUAGCUCUGCUGAACUGAUCAACUAACUCAGUAACUGGCCUUUGAUUGUGUAUAAAACAGCUAACCAUGUCACAAGCAAGGAAAAGGAGAAGGACAGCAGAAAGUUUUAAGGAUGAAGUGAAAGAAAUCGUAAAAGAAAUGGUAGCAGAGGCUAUUCCAACAAUUGCUAGUGCAGUGGUAGCUCAAUUACAACAGAAUACACCUGUGACAGGUCCAGUCAACGUCAACGCAAUCUGCCAAGCAACAUCUUUUGGGGAUGAUGCGAUUGAACAGCAGCAGCAGACAUUGGACAAUGCAAACCAAGUACCUGAUUCCGUUGUCUCAACGCCCUCAAAUGGUAAUUUGCGCAAUGUAACAGGUCCUCUGCAUGCAGGCCGCCCAUUAGGACAAGGUAUCGAUGUAAAAGUUAAGUCAAAAAUCUGGGCUGAGGAAUACAUUCCCCUUGGUUCCCUCAUUUUCAAACAGAGCUCCGCUAAACUUGAAGCAGUUCAAGGAAAAGAUAAUUCUUUUACUUUUCAGCAAAAGGAACAUAAGUAUUACUUCAGAAAUCUACAGCAGUGGAUGAAUGCAUUUCAUAUCUUUGUAGCAGUGUACUGCGAGAAAUGCCAUGCGCAAGCGCCUUGUUUAAUGAAAUACAUAGCAACAAUUCAAAAACUUAGCAAUGCUGUAGGGGACAAGGCAGCUUUUUAUUACGAUGAACAAUUCCGAAUGUGGAGAGCUGAAAAUCCAGCCCAAAUGCCCUGGGAUAAAAUAAAUGCUGAAUUACACAUGGAGGCAUUGCAGGUUGGGUUGAAAAGUCGGCUUGAUGGUCAAGAAAAAACAUCUAAACAAAAGUCAUUUCAACAGCAGCCCUUUCGUGGCAAGUCCAAAAAACCAUGCUUCAGCUACAACAACAACAAUGGUAACUGUACCAGACCGAGCUGUGAAUACUCACACAUCUGCAGCAGAUGUUUUGGGGAGCAUUCCAAGAAAGACUGCCAUGGACCAUCAGAGUCAAACAACAGAAUUUAUGGAACCUCCAAUAAACAACAGAACCCAACCAACCAAAUCAGAAAAUGAGGUCAGCCUGAAUCCCAGUGUUGUUACUCCUGUUAAUGUAAAAGCUUUCGAAAUGUGGUUACAAGGUUAUGAUUCAGCAAAAUCUAAAUUUUUGUUAGAUGGGUUUACAUUUGGGUUUAAGAUUCCUUAUUGUGGGUCAAGACAGUUUAGACAUUGUACUAAUCUUCAAUCAGCCAGAGAAAACAUAAAUAUUCUUCAACAAAAAAUUGAUCUUGAAGUUCAGAAAGGGCGUG